AAUAGUUUUAUUCCAAAAGUUAUCGUAGAAAUAUCUCCCAACAUGAAUAACCCACGUGUUUUGAGAGUGGAAAGGGUUAAUCCAGUGAAUUUAAAUCAAAUAUUAAAACCGGAUUGAGAGUUGUUCCAGUUGUUCAUUUUCAGAAGAACCUGAACACAUGAUUCAGCUCAGUAAAUUAGUACAUUUUUUUAGCUAAAGUUUUAGUUUCUGAUGAGAAUUGUUGACACGAAAAAACUUUUUAACAUUUGGGAGAAAUUUUUGCCCUGACGCGCGUGAAGUUGUAACUUUUCCGACCGUCCCGGAGGGUCCCUGAAGGCGCAGAUCUCAGCUGGUCUGGACUCUGAAGCGGGUCGACGUCAACAGGACAGUGCCGUCAGUCCCUCCCUGCCCUCAGAGGAGCGGCAGAGGCGGCGCUCGCCUCCAACCAUCCCCGAAAAGUCGAUGGAUCCGCGCGUAAAGACGCACCGGCUUCGGAUUUCCGUUUGAGAGCUAACUCCGAGGCUCCCAAAGUCAGCAUGUACCCGAGGAAAAGCAUCAUCCCGGAGGAGUUCGGGCUGCCGGGGCUCGUCUCCCGGAUGCCCCGCAAGCCGGUGUUCAGGGACCGCGUGAACAAGGCGCGCUUCAUCGCCAAGAACGGCUCCUGCAACUUGGCGCACAAGAACAUCCGGGAGCAGGGCCGGUUCCUGCAGGACGUUUUCACCACGCUGGUGGACCUCAAGUGGCGCUUCACCUUGGUCAUCUUCACCACCACCUUCGUGAGCAGCUGGCUGCUGUUCGCCAUGAGCUGGUGGCUGGUGGCGUUCGCGCACGGAGACCUGGACCCGGGCGUGAAGAACCGGCCCUACUGCGUCACAGAGGUCAAGUCUUUUUCUUCAGCCUUCCUUUUCUCCAUCGAGGUUCAGGUCACCAUCGGCUUCGGCGGGCGCAUGAUAACGGAGCAGUGUCCGACGGCCAUCACCGUCCUCAUCCUGCAGAACAUAGUCGGCCUCAUCAUCAAUGCAGUCAUGCUGGGUUGCAUCUUCAUGAAGACGGCUCAGUCAAACCGUCGCGCCGAGACGCUGAUCUUCAGCCGCCACGCCGUGAUCGCCGUCAGGAACAACUGUCUGUGUUUCAUGAUUCGGAUCGGCGAUCUGAGGAAGAGCAUGAUUAUCGGCGCAACUGUCCGGCUACAGGUUGUGAGGAAAACGACCACGCCGGAAGGGGAGGUGAUCCCCAUCCACCAGAUUGACGUGCAGACAGAGAGCGCCAUGGCCAGCAACAGCUUGUUCCUCCUUGCCCCGCUCAUCAUCUGCCACGUCAUCGACAAAAACAGCCCUCUUUAUGACCUGUCGGCCAUGGAGCUGCAGUGCAGCGACCUGGAGGUGAUCGUCAUCCUGGAGGGGGUCGUGGAGACGACCGGGAUCACCACGCAGGCCCGGACCUCCUACAUUUCCGAGGAGAUACAGUGGGGUCAUCGCUUUGUUCCCAUAGUAACGGAGGAGGAGGGCGUGUACUCUGUGGACUACUCCAAAUUCGGGAACACAGUGAAGGUGGCGACUCCGCCCUGCAGCGCCCGGGAGCUGGACGAGAAGCCGUCCAUCCUGAUCCAGACCCUCCAGAAGAGCGAGUUGUCGCACCAGAACUCGCUGAGGAAGCGCAACUCCAUGCGGCGGAACAACUCCAUGAGGAAAGGUGGGAACCUGCACAGGAACAACUCCGCCCUCGCUCCGCCCAAAGUCCAGUUUUUUGCCCCCAACGACGGGGGCCAGAGCCUGAACGCGGUCACCUGACACGAGGCCCGCCCCCUGCUGGCCGCCCUGCUCCUCUGCCUGGAGAGGAGGACUGCGCCCGUUUCUGUGAUGGGACUCUUUCUUUGGCACGUCUUACGUCGACAUCCGUCUUAACGCGUUUAUUGCUAACCUUCUGUUGUCACGCCGACCAUGAAACCCUGAAAUGUCAAUCACGUCUUUCUCAACACGUCUCUCUUCUGAUCGUGGAACAUCCAGAGCUUCACACGUCCUCGUUUGCACGUUAUCAAGUGAAAAACGGGAAAUUCUGAGCGGUGCCUUUAAUAAAAUCCAAUCUGUGCAUCUGUGUCUGUUCAUCACGUAUCCAUGGAGACGAUUCGUUUUGCUGCUUGAAUAAAAGACGUGAGAUGUUUUUCCAGUGGGACAUUCUGUAGCUACGAAUCAUGACAUCAUUUCCUGUACUGUUCUGUCUUCUUGUGUUACUGAGGACUGAAAGCUCUCACUUCAAUAAAAACAACUCUUAAAAAGA